AUGCACUGGCCUUUGUAUAUUAGCGAUGUUUUUGAUGGGAAGCCUCCAGAUUUAAAGAAACAAGAACUUGCAAAACGAUACUCAAAAAGGGCUGAUGCCACUGAGGACUUGAGUGAUGCUCUGGAGGCUGGAAAUAAGGAGGAUAUUGAGAGAUUCAGUAAAAGGACAGUUAAGGUGACAAAGCAACACAAUGAUGACUGCAAAAAACUUCUUAAUUUAUGGGAGUACCCAUUGGAAUCAUUCUUCAAACCAGUUGGUGGCACAUCAGUACCCGUUAAGCGGAAGGUAAAUAAGUGCAUUCUUGGAUCUGCAAAACCAGUAAUCAAGCUUAGGACAUACUCUAUGGAGUCAUCCCUUCAUUUCAGGCCUAAGGUCAUUGCCAGGAUAGGCCUGCCAACCCUAGAUCUUGGCUCGAGGCAGUCCGUGCUGUUUUCCAGAAGCUUUUGCUUUGACACAUGA